CUAACGGCCACUCAGGCUUUCGCGGACCAGAGUGUGUGUGUGAGGCCAAACGGGGAAGAAGAACAGGGUCUAAGUCGGCUUGAGAAUAUGCUGUUUUCCCUUCCCCUUUCCGCCAUGGACCCCACAAUGUGGCCUUUCUCUCAGAGCCUCUGAGACUGGUACCCAGGCAAGGCACGAUGCCCCUGCCCGCCACAAGACUGCCCAGCCCCUAUGGUUCUGAUCGGCUGGUACGGCUAGCAGCCAGGCUACGGCCAGCACUAUGCGAUACCCUGAUCACGGUAGGAAGCCAGGAGUUUCCCGCUCACAGCCUGGUGCUAGCAGGUGUGAGCCUGCAGCUGGGCCGCAGGGGCCGGUGGGCUCUGGGAGAAGGCAUCAGCCCUUCCACCUUUGCCCAGCUUCUGUACUUUGUUUAUGGGGAGAGUGUAGAGCUGCAGCCCGGGGAGCUAGGCCCCCUCGAGGAGGCAGCCAGGGCCUUGGGAGUGCAGGCCCUGGAAGAGGCAUGCAGGAAGGCUCGAAAGGACAGGGCUAAAGAAGGGCUGGAUUCAGGGCAGACAAAACAUGAGGAGGAGCCAGAGAAACCCAUGAGAGAUUCUGAGAGAGGACUGGGCCAUGGAGAGAGGCAGAAACCAGAGCAUUUUAGAACGACAACGAGAGAACAGGAGAUGCUGCAUGAGCCAAGAAAGAGUCCGGGGGUGACAGGGACAACUCGGGAGGAUCAGAGAGAGCAGGUGCAAUCAAAAGAGGAAUUCGGCCAACCCUCCUUUGGCCAUGGGGGAGCAGAUGGGAGGCAAAGAGUGGUUACAUGGGUAAAGGAGAGUCCAGGGGGCUCUGAAAGUCUGCGGGAGUUCCCUGGUCCCCUCCCUCCACCAGGUUCCUUCCAAACCAGCAUCAUCUCCAGGCCUCGGUGGGUUGAGGCCCCCUGGUUAGGGGAGGGCCAGCCUGCCCUAUGGAGCAUCCUGCUGUUGCCACCCAGAUAUGGCACUCCCUUCUCCCAUAGCAGCCCCACCACUGGAGCCUGCCAGGAGAUCUGGCCUCGGGACCAGAGGAUCCCACUGCCCAUGAACCCCCACAAAGGGCUCUGCAGUCAGAACCAGUUGGCCUCCUCCAGCCCCAUCCCAGGUUCCCUCCCCGGGGGCCCUGCACAGUUCAGCCCUGGGGAGUUGGAACAACCUAAUCAGGGGAACACAGGCCCACCUGCAACCUGUGCGGGUCAUGAGGGCACGACAGGCCACCCAUCUCGCCAACACCCUCCCCUGCUCCCUCCUGCUCGGUCUCGGCCCUAUUCUUGCUCUGUCUGUGGAAAGAGGUUUUCACUCAAGCAUCAGUUGGAGACGCACUACCGAGUCCACACAGGAGAGAAGCCUUUCUCCUGUAGCCUCUGUCCUCAGCGCUCCCGGGACUUCUCUGCCAUGACCAAGCACCUGCGGACGCACGGGGCAGCUCCCUAUCGCUGCCCUCUAUGCAGCGCCGGCUGCCCCAGCCUGGCCUCCAUGCAAGCGCACAUGCGCAGCCAUUCGCCCAGCCAGCUCCCGCCCGGAUGGACCAUUCGCUCCACCUUCCUCUACUCCUCCUCCUCCUCCUCGAGGCCGUCCCGGGCUGCGACCUCUCCCUGUAAUCCCUCUUCUUCCCCCACCUGACGGAGCACCCGGAGCUUCUUUGUCCUCAGCCUAGAGUGGGAUUAAGAGUGAAAAGUGGGCCAGCUCCACUUCCGACCCGGCACCUCUGCUCCCACGGCUUAGCAAAUUCGGCUCCAGAAGCUCAUCAGGAAAGGUGCCCAGAGCCCUCUCCUGGACGACCGUGGGUCACACAAGUCUAGGCCAGCGAGCCCCGAUGGAGUGAGGACACUUUAGUUUGCACGAGUGAUGGUGCAAACUGUACGGGGACUGGGACAGUCGAUUUCAUCACCAUAAUAAAGAGUUUCCAAUGUUCGCUAAGGACGAGAA